AUGGCCUCCGUCCUCUGUCCUCCAAUUGAUCGGAACAACAUCUGCCCGUCGCACGCCCUGCUCUACCGCUCCAAACAAAUCAGUGAAUUGGUUUGGCAUAACUCAACAACAGGCCACGGAGCACGACCGCCGCUCGGCCUCACUUUCAUUCCAGUACAAGCAAUUACUCACCUUCCCCUCGCCAUACUUGCUGCCUGGUUACUCUGGCCGACCUUCAUUGGCUCCCGCCCCAACUACCAAGCCCACAGCAACAAUUUUCCAACCUCGCAAGCCAGAUUAAGGAAGAGAUCACAAAUUCCUCCCUUUGUCCUUGACGCCGACCAACCCCUCUCUCACAAACUCAUCCAUCUGCCCCAGCUCUACGAUCUCCAACCCACCCGCGCCCUUACCUCCCUAGGCACUCCGCUACACCGGCCACAUCCACACCAGCCCCUCCACGCAAAUGCCGACCAGCCCUGUGCAGUUUUGCUGAAGUCCCGGCCGCCGCGGUCAGGUCCCGAAUUGACGACGCCUCUUGACGAGCUCCUCACCUGGUCCAGGGAAUUGUACGGCCAAAAGGGCCCACUCCAACGUUCGCCUCUCCCCGCAUAA